AGGAGGAGCGCCGCCGCCGCCGCCCCAGACUCCCUCCCCGGGCCCCGGCGGGGAGAAUGACGGAGCUCCAGUCCGCGCUGCUACUGCGGAGACAGCUGGCAGAGCUCAACAAAAACCCCGUGGAAGGCUUUUCAGCAGGCUUAAUAGAUGAUAAUGACCUCUAUCGAUGGGAAGUCCUUAUUAUUGGUCCUCCGGAUACACUGUAUGAAGGCGGUGUCUUCAAGGCUCAUCUUACUUUCCCAAAGGACUAUCCACUCAGGCCGCCAAAAAUGAAGUUUAUCACAGAAAUAUGGCAUCCAAAUGUUGACAAAAAUGGCGAUGUCUGUAUUUCCAUUCUUCACGAGCCUGGUGAAGACAAAUAUGGCUAUGAGAAACCCGAAGAACGCUGGCUUCCCAUCCAUACUGUGGAAACCAUAAUGAUUAGUGUAAUUUCUAUGCUGGCAGAUCCCAAUGGCGACUCUCCUGCAAACGUUGACGCAGCGAAAGAAUGGAGGGAAGAUAGAAAUGGAGAAUUCAAGAGGAAAGUCGCCCGCUGUGUAAGAAAAAGCCAAGAGACAGCUUUUGAGUGACAUUUAAUUCAGCAGCUAGUAGCUUCACUUUUUUCAGGGUCUCCAAUUGAGGAACGUGGCACUGUUUUUCCUGCACUCUACCCACCUAUUGCUGGACUUCUGUUUAUACCAAGUUGGCAGACACUGGCUGGAACUGGGCUGCAAUAAAACAUGCCAGUUAUCAAUGCUGACAGAGCCUAACAAGUGCCAACAAAGAUUUGCGCAUUUUGAAAACUAAUGAACUGCUUUAACCUUCAGGAAGAAUUGUAAAGAUGUGUACAUAGCACAACGUGAUCCGGAUAAUAUAUAUACUGUUCAUGUACAUCCACAAAUACACAUUGUACCAAAUAAUGCUGUCUUGUAGUUAGGAUAAGUAAAGAAUCGUGUAAAUUCUAAAGAUUUUAGCAGGUUUUCUUUCCCCCCUUCAUGGUUUUUCUUAUCAGUCCUAAAAAAAUUCUCGUGAAGCAUGUUGGACUAAACAAAUUAGGAUUAAAAAAAAACACCGUUUAACUUUUUUCUUUGAGCCAUUGAUGCUUCAUUUAAAUCUUUCACUUUAAUAAAGUUUAAUACCUUUGUAAUUCUUUCCCUUCCCCUCAACUUUUUUCAGAGGUCCUUAACACAACAGUGAGAUCUAUUCCUUGAUUCUAACAAUGACUUGAGCACUGUCAUCACCAAGAGGUGCAUUUCUUCUUCUGACACUAUUGCCCAGCUGAGCACAUCUCUUG